AAAUGCCAGUGGCGUGGAAGAAGUGGUGGUCGUCGAACAUCAUCCAUCAUUAAUCGUCUGUCGUCGUCGUGUGUGCGAGCAUUUGUAAUAAAAAUUAUAUUCCGAACGGGGAAAAGAAGGUUCACACAUCAAGUCAGUGCGAUUUUUGGUUCCCGUUCUUUUUUUUUAUUGUGCCGUUCCCGAGGUUCGUACUCGUUGCGUUUCGAGCGUGUUUUUGCAGUGUUCUGUCGUCGCGAAAAGAAACCUAGAACGCGUCACGGGUUGCGUUUUCGGUCGGCCACGGCCAGAGCUUCCGGUGCGACGGAUCGGUUCCCAGUUCGUGGCACGGAAAUCGCGAUGAAUCCCGGGGAAAAUUACUGGGUAGAUGUCUAAAAUGGACGCAACGUCGUAGUACAGACAGAGCGAGAGAGCACGUACUGUUGGUGCCGAGAAGGAAAUCGACGGAUUCCGGUUCGAAGUGCUAGUGCGAAAGCGAGAGGGGUGUCGAAUUACGCGUGGUCUUCUUUGUAGCUCGAUCGUAGCCAUCCGCCGACGGUGGAGUGACAGGAAGAGAGAAGGCAGGAGAAGAAGCAACGACGGCGGCCAACUUUGUGGCAAAGAAGAGGUGUCAAAACGCCAUCCAUCCACACUAGAUCAAGUUGAAAAAUAUAAAGGAAGAGCAACCUUCUACGGCGAAUAAAAAUAAUAGCAAAAAGAAGUGUGUGCAUACCGUUUUGUGUACCAUCAUCGCUGCUUUUUUGAUUGUGGUUCUCCGUCCGUCCGAAUGAGGUGGUCUGGUAGUGUGUAUAUGAUUCGAGUAUAUUAUUUUUCUUUAUCAAUGGUGCAUGUUUUUCAAAGUGUUCCAUAGGAAUCAAAAGCCGAAAGAGUUGAUGGAAUAGGAAAACAACGACAAUCGUGUUUUUCUUCUUUCCAUUCUUCAAAGUGUUGAAAAUUCAGAAGAAGAAGCACGAGAAAAAGGUCUAUCAAAGUUGCGAAAUAUAUGCAUAGAAAAGAAUAAAUAGAAGCAAAGGUGUGGUAACAACAACCAACUAGUAGGUUGGCUAAUAAGUUUUAAAAAAUAAGCUAGUGCACAUUUCGAAAAAAAAAGUGUAGAACAAGUUACAACCCACAAUGGUUCCAAUCGAAGUCCGAUCUAUGCAUUUGUUGGUGGUGUGAUAAUCGGAUAACAUAUAGCUUCAAUUCGGAAUCACUCGGUGGAAUCUAACAAUCAUCAUCUGGGAUCUGCUCCCGAGCAAAAGUAAAGGAGUAAACCGGAAUAAAGAGUUGUAGCAGAGUUGGCGAACCCAGCAGGAUUAACUUUCGGAAAGUGAAAACGAGAUUAUUAUGGAAAAGGCGAAAGCCUACAUCAAGAACGAAUUGCGUGGGGGCUCCUUGGCAUCGCACCCGGAGCCCCCGCCAGCCAAUCAACAACAUCAGCAUCAAUCCCAGCAGCAGCAUCAUCAGCAACAACAACACCAAUCAGUACCCCAGCAUCAGCAGCAUCAGUCCAUUGGCGAAGAUCAGAUGUCGUCCAACAUUUGCUACGUCUGUGGAGCCCGGGGAGCCCUGGAUCAGUUCUAUCUGCGGGUGCGGCCCAAUCCGGAGCGUCCCAAUGAACCGUACUUUCCGCUCCUGGAAUCACACACUCCACCGACCGGAGUUACUCCGUGGACACCGGCCCAGGUAGGGGUACGGGCCUGCAAUCUUUGCUUCACGACCUUCGCCCGCCAAUGGGAUUACCACGAGCAGGAAGGGAAGCCCGUUUCGCAGAGAUUGUACUGGCUGAAACGCAUGGAUGGUAAAAACUACAUCGGUGCGGAAAUGUCCACCCAAGGCGAAUACGCCGCACAGGUUCUCGGAUUGAAUCCGGAACAGGUACCACCCACAUCCGGUACGCCCCAGUCGCAACAAAUGAGUUCUUAUGGUAGGAUAGAAAGUCCCAAUAGCAUAGCAAGGUCACGAUCACAACAAGAUCAUCCAGGUGCCGCUGCCCAGCAGCAACAUUAUCAAGUAACUAGAAAUGAUAGUCCAAUAAGGUCCAACUCGCGGAACGAAUCCCCGCAGGGCAAAACCGAACCAUACCAUCCGACCAAACGGUACAUCGAAAACCACAUCAACAACAGUGGCAGUUACAGCCAACAGGGAUCGAGGCCUUCCAGUAGAAACGAAAAAAGUACCACACCGAGGCCUAUGUCACGGGAAAAUCCGUCUCCUGUGGCUACACCGAAUGCGAUUGCGCCACCUACCUCAGGGACGGUCCAAUCGGCCACCGCCUCUCCCGUGCUAACCAGUCGAUUCGAUGGCAUGAAGAUGUCCUCGUUCGCGCAUCACAAACUGAAAAUUGGCAACUAUGCGCCCGCAACUGCCAACAACCCUGGGGCCACAAACGUCGACAACAAAUCGUCCUCGUCCACCUCGUCGUCUUCGCACCAUCGGACGAUGGAGGAGGAUGGGGCUCUCGAUUUGCGAAAUUCCGUCAUGGGUGGAUCUGUGGUGCCCGGGACCGGAACCGACAUACUGGACCUAUCGAUGCCGGACAAGAACUCAGUGACCGAGGUAUGCUACGUUUGCGGGGACGAGCAGCGGCGGGGGAGUCUGGUGGAAAUUGCCACCGUGCGGCCAAAGGACGCCAAGGACCAAGAGAAGCCUUACUUUCCGAUCUUCGACGAAACGCAUGCCAGACCUGCGCGAUCUAGGCCGAUUGACCCGAAAGGCAUGGUGCAAGCUUGCAAACCCUGCUAUCAGUUCUUGAUCAACCAAUGGCAGACGUUUAACGCCCGCUGCAUGCCGGAGAACCAACGGAAGUAUCAGAUCAGGAAGCGCCAGACGACCCAGGAGCGGGCUGCCACCUUCGUCUGCUACACGUGCGGCUUCGAUACGCCGUCCUCGCAGCUGCGGCUCGUCUACUGCUGCCCGAAUGCCGAACGCGAGCCGUACUAUCCCUUUAUCAAAGCAAUGAAAGCGCCGGCCAAUGCUAGUCCAAUCAGUCCCCAAGGUAUGGUGCAAAUAUGUUUAACGUGCAAUGAAAAGAACCGCCCGAAAGCUGAAGGUGGAACCGUCAGCAGUGGCAGCAACAAUAGCCACAUCAACGUGAACAACAACAACAAUAAUAGUAGUAGCAACAACAACAGUAACAACAGCAACAACAAUAAUAAUAAUAACAACAGUAACAGUAACAUCAACAAUAGUAGCAGCAGUAGUGCUAACAACAAUAGCAACAACAAUGUUGAUGAUAGGUAUCCGUCUCCUACGAAAAUGACGUCUACUAGUGUGAUAAACGAGGUUGUUCGAUAUAAGCCUUAUGAAUCCGCCUCCGCCCUUCCGGGACCGUUACGGGACCAGAAAGACUACCGAAGAGAUUCAAGACCAAAUACACCGCCUCACUCUCAAGGACCCGUUGAAAACGGUCAUGUUUUUUCGUGUUACAUUUGUAAGAAUAGUUUUCCACCCUACUCGAUGGAGUGGCUGUCGACGAGUGCCGAGCAUAUGAAUUCGCAUGCAAUGCAUUUUCCCUGCCUCAAAGGCAGCAACGAUCAGGGACCGGGCCGGGUGCUGGCGUGCAAGUCCUGCGUCCACAACCUCACCGUCCAGUGGGAGACGAUGGAUGCCGAGCGGGUGCCGCUGGAGCACCGCAAGUACAUCAUUCCGUCGCCGACGCCCAACAGCAGCAGCUCGGUGUCGCCCAGCGGCGGUACGGCAGCCGGGGGUGCCCUCCUGGGUCAGCAGCACCACCGGCCAUCGAUCACGCUGGCCACACCACCGACGACGCCGGCCGGAUCCAAUGCGGCCAGCACCUCCGUCUACUGCUUUGUCUGUGGCCUACAUUCGGAGUUAAGCUUUGCUAGAUUAUUAUACGCCAAUAAAGAGGGUUCUAGACCUUAUUUUCCUUUCCUGUUAAAACUUAAGUCAUCCCCCAACGAGGAACAGUUACGUAGUGACAGUUCAGCGUUGGUGUGUACAUUUUGUUAUCACUCGCUAUUGAAUCAAUGGCGCAAAUAUGAAGCUCAAAACAAUGUACCCCCGACGAGCCGGGAGUACAACUUCCACGACUACUGCUGCCACCUGUGCGGGAUCACGACGUACCGGAAGCGGGUCCGAGCGCUACCGAUACGAGAGUAUCCCUUUGUGGCGAAUCGGAAAAGCGACGGGCUGCUGCUGGAGAACGGAGAGUUUGCCGUGGUGUGUCUGGAUUGCUACGAGGGUCUGAGACAACAAUCAGCUGAGUACGAUCGGUGGGGCGUUGCGAUCGAAAAGCGAGAGUACAACUGGGUGGCGCAGCCGCCGCCACCAGAGGACAGUCCGGAGGUGUCCGUUGCCCGCCUGCCGAGCGGGGAACGGAGCGAUAAAGUCAUUAAAAAUUCUCAAGUAAAUCUACGUCCAAUACCAAAUAAGAAAAACUGUUCUCCAAAGCAACCGGGCGGUGAUAAGCGGGGCGAUGCACGUGAGUACUCUUACGAAUUUUCAAAUAUUUUAACUGACGUUGGAUUUUUUUUAUUCAUUCGUCGGAUAUUGAGAGAGAUCCUAUAUCACAUUUAG